AAGACUUGAAUUGCGGGGUAGGCGAAGGAGAGAGAAGAAGAAGAAAAAAUAGACCCCCGAAAAAAGAAACAGUACUCAUCUCGUCGUCGUCGUCGUCGGCGACCAGAAUAACUCUUGAAACUUUCCGAUCCCAUUUUUUUCUCUCUCUAUAUUCCCUUCGCCACUCUAACAUCCUUCACAAUCACUUUCUCAUCUUCAAUUAAUUCCGUCUGUGCAUUCCGUAAAUUAUUAAGGUUCUUCAGGGUAAGUGGGUAACAAAUUAAAGAAAACAAAAAUGUCGCUGAAUAUGAAAACCCUAACCCAAGCGCUGGCGAAGACCGCGGCGGUCAUAGAGAAAACGGUUCAGACGACGGUGCAGGAGGUCACUGGGCCCAAGGCCCUCCAGGACUAUGAGCUUCUUGAUCAGAUCGGCUCCGCCGGGCCGGGCCUGGCAUGGAGGCUAUACUCUGGCCGGUCCAGGGACCCAUCGCGGCAGCACCAGUACCCGGUCGUGUGCGUGUGGGUGCUCGACAAGCGAGCCCUCUCAGAGGCCCGAAUGCGGGCCGGGCUUACCAAAGCAGCCGAGGAUUCGUUCCUGGAUUUGAUCCGCAAAGACGCUGCGAAGCUCGUGCGGCUGCGGCAUCCCGGCGUGGUCCACGUGGUCCAGGCACUUGAUGAGAGCAAGAACGCCAUGGCAAUGGUCACCGAGCCUUUGUUUGCUUCGGUUGCUAAUACGCUGGGAAAUUUGGAAAAUGUUCCCAAUGUUCCUAAGGAGCUCCGGGGAAUGGAAAUGUCACUGUUGGAGGUGAAGCAUGGUUUACUUCAGAUGGCAGAAACGUUGGACUUUCUCCACAACCAUGCUCAUCUCGUUCAUCGAGCUAUAUCGCCUGAGAAUAUUCUUAUUACUUUGAGUGGAGCAUGGAAACUCAGUGGAUUUGGUUUUGCAAUUUCAGCUUCUCAGACACAUGGUGACUCAGCUAAUCUGCAUGCCUUCCAUUAUGCUGAAUAUGAUGUUGAAGACUCUGUUUUACCACUUCAGCCAUCACUUAAUUACACGGCUCCUGAGUUGGUGAGGAGCACUGUGCCUUCUGCAGGCUGGUCUUCUGAUAUUUUCAGUUUUGGAUGUGUUGCCUACCAUUUAAUUGCUCGCAAAUCUUUGUUUGACUGCCACAACAAUGUGAAGAUGUACACAAACACUUUGACUUACUUAUCCAGUGAUGCUUUCUCGUCUAUCCCAUCGGAACUGGUUCAUGACCUGCAAAGGAUGCUUUCUCCAAAUGAGUCUUCGAGGCCAACAGCAAUGGAUUUUACAGGCUCUCCAUUUUUUCGGACUGACACCAGAUUGCGUGCUUUGCGGUUUCUCGAUCACAUGCUUGAAAGAGAUAACAUGCAGAAGUCAGAGUUCUUAAAAGCAUUGUCAGACAUGUGGAAAGAUUUUGAUUCCCGUGUAUUGCGUUAUAAGGUUCUUCCGCCACUUUGUGCUGAACUUCGGAAUGUUGUGAUACAGCCAAUGAUUCUACCAAUGGUUCUGACCAUUGCAGAGUCUCAGGACAAGAAUGAUUUUGAGAACUCAACACUUCCAGCCCUUGUACCUGUCCUGAGUAGUGCUUCUGGUGAGACAUUGUUACUCCUUGUGAAGCAUUCCGAGCUUAUAAUAAACAAGGCUAGUCAAGAGCAUUUAAUUUCACAUGUUCUUCCAAUGAUUGUUCGGGCCUAUGAUGAUACCGAUGCUCGUUUACAAGAGGAGGUCCUGAAAAAAUCUGGAUCUCUUUCCAAGCAACUUGAUGCCCAGCUAGUGCAACAAGUGAUUUUGCCCCGUGUUCAUGGGUUAGCACUUAGAACAACAAUUGCAGCGGUUAGAGUGAAUGCUUUCCUUUGCCUAGGAGAAAUGGUUAGCCGACUUGAUAAACCUGCUGUCUUGGAUGUCUUGCAAACUAUUCAGCGGUGUACUGCUGUUGACCAUUCUCCUCCAACUCUUAUGUGUACCCUUGGGGUUGCAAAUUCUAUUUUUAAGCGGUUUGGUGUAGAAUUUGUUGCGGAACAUGUUCUUCCAUUAAUUGUGCCCCUCUUGACUGCACAACAACUGAACGUCCAGCAGUUUGCCAAAUAUAUGCUCUUUGUGAAGGAUAUGCUCCAGAAGAUUGAAGAGAAGCGUGGAGUAGCUGUGACUGGUUCUGGUAUCCCAGAGGUAAAAGCAUCUCCUAUGGUUAAUGGACUUCAAAGUGAAGCACCAAGGAUGAGUAGCAGCACUGUGGCUUCUUCAACCAAAAGCAGCUCCCGUUGGGAUGAAGAUUGGGGUUCCACAGCAAAGGGAACCACCGCAGCUGUCCAGAAUUCUGUUAAUGCAUCUACUCAAUCCGCGCUCAGCAACCCUAUUGGCCAUUUAACAUCUUCACAAAAUAAUUUGCCAUCAUCUGCUGUUUCUAAUCAACAGGCUAUCAAUUCGUGCCCCUCAGUAGAUAUAGAGUGGCCACCUCGUUCAUCUUUUGACAUUGCCCAUCAAAAUGGUGAUGCUGAAAGGGGUGCAGUUGCAGGAGGAACCUCAUCCACAUCUAAUAGCCUUGAAGAUAUUGAUCCUUUUGCUAAUUGGCCUCCACGUCCUAGUGGCUCAACAGGUGGAUCUGGAAUUUCCAACAAUGGUACUUUUGGAACCCCAAUGAAUAAGAUGACAAGCACUUCAAGCAAUGUGGGUCUCCAAAUGAGCAACAAUCAGCCACUUAAUUCCCGAAGUUCUGCAGGUCCUGUCAGUUUGAACAUCGGGAACAGUAUUUCAUCCACUGGUAGCCUGAAUGGUGGUUUUGAACCUCAGAAUUCUAUUGGGUUCCAAAAACAGAGUCAACAGUUGCCUGCAUCAACUGUUUCAUAUAACAAGUCAACGGAUCUAGGAUCAAUCUUUGCUUCCAACAAGAAUGAGCAAAGUGCACUAAGACUUGCACCACCCCCUUCAACCACAGUGGGUAGAGGAAGAGGCCGUGGAAGGGGGCCUGCUUCAACCAGUAGGCCCUCUCAGACCAGGUCACAUUCUGAGCAGCCACCUCUUAUGGAUUUGUUGGGGUAGCUUGCUUCUAUUAUUGUCGUCGUAUCAGGGUUGUGAGUUGCUGCUGAGAUUGUAUUAUUAUGUCAUGUCCUUAUGCUGAAUGCUCUGAGAUAUCGUGAAGGGAAAGAUUGCAGAAAAUCAUGCCACGUGCUUAGGAAUGACAACACUUUGUAAAGGUUUCGUUGUAUGUUGCUUAGUUAAAGUGACUGUUUAAAAAUUUGGAUUAAUAUUUUUUUUUAAAUAUUUUUUUGUUCUUAUAUAUCAUACUUCAUUCUAAGGUCAUCAGGCAAAGUGUAUUCAGAGAAGUCCUGGUUACUUAGACUGUGUUGAGAACAAUAAAAAGCAGUCAGUUUUUCCUUAAACAAUAUUGAUUUGUAUUUCAAUAGGGAUAGAUCAGCAUUAGGCAUAAUGGAAACUGUUUGCGGGUUGAAGGGACUGUGAAGUGAAAAGAAUGGCGUCAAAGUUCUGUUUUGUCUUUCUUAUUUGAAUUAUUGUAACUGAAUGCUCAUGGCAGCAUUGUUUUGUCCAGUUUUUGUAGAAGUUGAUUUCAUUGGAUUGAA